AUGCCUGGUGAGGAUUAUAUGAUUUAUGUGAUUGGCAGAUUACUGGUCAGUACUCACUGGAACGUUAUAAGCUAUGGUAUCUGCAGUCAAGCAGCUAUGAAAAGAUACACAUCCUCGGCAAGAGCAUUACAGACAACAGCAACCCACCAGCCGAAUUCGCAUUUCAAAUAG